AAUGUAGUGCUCAUAAACCAACCAUAUGUGUUGGUAACGAGAAAAGAGGUAGGUAGGUAAGUUAGCUUUAUCUGGAACUGCUGGUUCUGAUACUCUCUCUGUGCGAAAGCAGAAAAGUUAACGGCCAUGGCCUCACUUGCUUCUUCCUCACCAACUGUGCUUUUCUCUGCAUCCUCUUCUAACCUCUUCCCACUUUCACAUUCUUCAUCUUCGCGCCUUUCUUUCUCUUCUUCCCUUCAUUCCUCAUCCUCCUCUCUAUCGAUUUCUCCUACCUUUUUAGCAUACACUUCCUCAAGUACUAAAGUUUUUGAUACUGAUGCCGCCUUCAGUAUCAGUGCCAGUGCGGCAGAAAAGAAGAAGGUACUCAUCGUGAAUACCAACAGUGGUGGGCAUGCUGUAAUUGGCUUCGACUUUGCAAAAGAGCUUCUUGGUGCUGGUCAUGCGGUCACCAUACUCACUGUUGGUGAAGAAGGCUCAGACAAGAUGAAGAAACCUCCUUUUAACAGAUUCUCAGAAAUUGUGAGCGCUGGAGGCCGCACGGUGUGGGGAAACCCGGCAGAAGUAGGAAGUGUUGUAGGAGGGGAAGUGUUUGAUGUGGUUUUGGACAACAAUGGCAAGGAUCUAGAGGCUGUGAGGCCAGUGAUUGAUUGGGCUAAGAGUUCAGGUGCCAAGCAAUUUUUGUUCAUCAGUAGUGCUGGAAUCUACAAACCGACAGAUGAACCUCCGCAUGUUGAAGGGGAUGUUGUUAAAGCAGAUGCUGGCCAUGUUGGAGUGGAGAAAUACAUUGAAGAAACUUUUGAGAGUUGGGCAGUAUUCCGGCCGCAGUAUAUGAUAGGGUCUGGCAACAACAAAGACACUGAGGAAUGGUUUUUUGAUAGGAUUGUACGGGACAGACCUGUGCCAAUUCCGGGCUCAGGAUUGCAACUCACUAACAUAGCUCAUGUUAGGGACUUAUCCUCAAUGCUUACUUUGGCUGUGGAGAACCCAGAUGCCGCAAAUCUUAGCAUUUUCAACUGUGUGAGUGACCGUGCAGUGACUCUUGACGGAAUGGCUAAAUUAUGUGCUCAAGCUGCGGGGCGCCCAGUUAACAUUGUGCAUUAUGAUCCAAAGGCUGUUGGAAUUGAUGCAAAGAAAGCUUUCCCUUUCCGCAACAUGCACUUCUAUGCCGAACCUAGAGCAGCCAAAACCAAAUUGGGAUGGCGUUCAACCACAAACCUCCCUGAAGACCUAAAAGAACGGUUUGAAGAGUACAUUAAAAUUGGGAGAGAUAAGAAGCCAAUAAAAUUCGAGCUAGAUGAUAAGAUAUUAGAGGCCUUGAAAGUCCCAGUGCCUGUGUGAUCCAUUCAUAUCUAAGAUGUAUAAAACAAUUAUCAGACAAGAUUGUAAGAUUUCUUGUUAAUCAGUUUAAAUGCUGUGCUUUGAAGUUGGAAUUUUAUUAUGCAAUUGAUUUAUGUAUUUGUAUCCCACACAAGGCACAACCAUAAAAAUAUGCAGUGCUAAAGCAU